AUGGGCGGAGUCAUCAGAUCCAGAAAACUGGCAACAACACCAAGAAACCCGUGGGAGAAGGCGAGAAUCAUCAAGGAGCUCGCUCUGCUUGGAAAAUACGGGCUAAGAAACAAGAAUGAAUUGUGGACUGUUCUGAGCGUAGCAAAGAAUGACAAGGAGCAGGCAAGAAAGCUUCUGAUUACGACAGAUAAAGAGCUGUUUAUGACAGAGGGACGAGCACUGUUGAACAGGCUCUUUAGAGACGGUCUCAUUGCUGGAGUCGACUUCAAUGACCAGGAGGACAUCAGCAAGUGUCUGAAGCAGGUGCUGAACUUGGAAUUGGGCAACUAUUUGGAUAGGAGGCUUCAGACUCUCGUGGCCAAGGCGGGGCUAGCAAGAAACUUGCACCACGCAAGGGCCCUGAUAACUCAGAAGCAGAUUACGCUUGGUGGACGGGUUGUGAACAAGCCUGGGAUGGUCGUGCGAGCUGAGAACGAGGGAUACAUCGAAGUGAACCAGAACAGCUGUCUUGCCAAGGCAAAGAAAGGACGAUACGCCAAGAAAAAUGGUCAGGGCAAUGAAGAGUGA